AUGCAAUAUCCUUGUCAGCCAAAAGAUUCAAUUACUUAUGAUUUAAAUGGAUUUGACCUUGAUAUUAAAGAACAUUAGGUUUUUGAUUCCUAUUCAAAUAGAAGUAAAUAAUAAAAUUCAUAGUAGAUGAUUAUUUUGGCAGAAAGGAGCAGAAUUACUUCUCCAUCAGUGAAAAAAAGGAAGCAAAAGUUAAGAAUGGCUUAAAUUAUAUAAAAAUUUGUAGAGAAAAUUAAAAUUAGUAAUAAUUUAUUCACAAAAUAACUUUAUGUCAAUACACUGUUAUAAACCUAUUCAAAUCCAAUUCACAAAGAAAAUACUAACAGCAAAGACUUUUUCCAAAGGUUAAAAUACUAUAUUGCAGUGCCUAUUUCUAGUCAGUGUAAAUUUAGACAACUUUGGAAACUGUUGAUGCAAAUCACUUAUCUAACAACUAUUAUAUUUUCACCACUUAUUCUAAUUUAUCCCAGCAAUAUUGAAAUUUAAACUUUACUAAUAAUCCUGUUUUCGCUAACUGUUUUAAAUUCAGUUUUAAAUUUGAAUACUUGUUAUUACAAAAACGGAGUAGAAGUAACUCAUUUAAGAAAAAUACAAUAGAACUAUAUUAGAAGAUAUGGACUACAAGAUUUAUUAUAAUAUUUAUCGUUUAUCUUUAUUUUAUAAUUUUGUGAAUCGAAUUUUACAAUUUCUGUAUUGGCUUUGAUUACAUUGAAUCUGUUAAUAGUAAGAUUAAUUAAAUUAAAUACUUUGAUCUCGUAACAGCUUUGUGUUAGGUUGGGAUUGCAAUUUAUUAAAGGAGUGUCUUACUGUCAUGUAUUUUCUUUAAUUUCGAUUUCCAAUAAAUAUCAAAUUUAGUUUGAUCCCUUAGGCUUGCAAAUUAAUUCCUACUUGAACUACUUGAAUUCAUACAUAAGCCAAUAUUUUUCAUUUUCUAGUAAUUUAGAAUAUGAAACAAACUUUGAAUUGUUAUUGGCAUUAUUGGUCUAGUUGAUUUUUACAAUAAAUAGAAUAAGUUUAAUUUUAGACAUAUUGUUCUUUUUUAAUUAGAAUGUCCAUUAAUAUCUAUUGUAAAAAAACUACUUUGAUUUUAAAGCAUACCUGCUAAAUCAUUAAGUAGACUAAAAUCUAAUGAAAAAAGCUCUAAGUAAUUACAAAUUUGAGAUGAAAAAGGAUUUUUAGUAAUAGAACUUCAUGAUUGAUUCCAAGUCAAUAAAGUACAUUGAUUAAGAAAUUUAGAAAGCUCUUUGGAAUACUGUUAACGUUAAAUAUUUUAAGAAAAUAUUAGUCUUGACCUAAUUUUCAUAAAAUAUCUAGGAAAAAUUAGUAGAAAAUAUGUAAUUACAGUAUUUUCAACCCAAUGAAAUUAUCUUGAGGCAAAAUUGUAAUGAUGAUGAUUCCAUGUAUCUGAUUAAAAGAGGGUAGGUAAAGGUGUGUUAUUAGAGUAACAAUACAAAGUAGGUUGGGAUUAAAACAUUAGGAGAAAUGUAAACAUUCGGGGAAGUAUCAUUUUUCACUGGACUCCCUAGAACAAGUACAAUUGUUAGUCUAGGUCCUGUUGAAACAUAUAAAAUACGUAGGAGUGAUUUCUUAGAAGCUAUUUAAAGUAGUCGUUAAGAUUUAGAACUAGCAUCGUAUAUGAAGGACUAAAUCCUACACAAUAAUUAAUAUGGCUUGAUUGGACUGUAAUGUUUUUGCUGUAAUUCAAAUGAACAUUUGAUAUUUUAAUGCGAUGCCCUUCAUUAUAAGCCUGAUAAAGAGAAGAUUAUUAGUAAAUAUUAGUUUGACCAUCAUCAAUUAAGAACUAGAUAUAAAAGAAAUAAGAAGAGAACUAACAAUACUAGAUAAUAUCUAUUCCAAAUAGGAAUGGUUGGUGAAGAGUUUUAGGAAAAUAACUUUUUAGGAGAUCAAUCAGAAAUAUUAAAAGAGUUAACUCAAAAUUAUAAUCAAUAGUCCUCUACCUAUAUUUAACAAAAUUAAUCUUAAGCAUUCUUUCCUAGCAGGGAGAUAAUAAAGUCAUCUGAUAAAAAUAGCAUCUUACUAAUAAGUGAAUUGGAUGAUAUAAAGGAGCAAUUUUAAGAUUUGGAUUCCAUGAUUCACAGGAAGGACAAAUCUCUCUUUCCUUAAAAUAACACCUUUCAAAUCAAAAAUUAAGUUAUCUAAGAACUUGAUGGGGAAGAUUAAAGUUCACAUUCUGAAGAUAACAUACCUAAUGAAAUUUGUUUUGUUUAGCUUAAAUCCAGUUCAGAAAAUAAAAAGUAAAAUAAUAUCAUGUUAAACAUUCCUGAUACGGAUAAAGUUCAAGAUACAAUUAAAGUUAAUUCUUGUAAUUUACUUCAAUAGCAGAAUAAUAGUUGUAUGAUUCCAAAUACACAGGAAAAUAAGAAUUAUAGACAAGGCAGAAAAUCCUUAAGUUCAACAUAGCUUCAUAGUCAAUAGAUUGAUAUUAGCAAGAAAAAUGAGAAUUUAAGAUUGCCUAGUAUUUAAAAAAAUGGAGACGAUUUCGAUUUGAAUCCUUCAGAUAGAUCUUCUCCACCAAUAAACAAGAAAAAUAAAAGUCCAUAAUAAAAUAAGAUAAGGGUUGAAGAAAACCCAGCAAACUUCAUAGACUUAAAUAAUUCCAGCCAUUUUUUCUGUUUGGAUGAUAAAGAUGAAUUAGACAAAGCCUAAAAUUAUUUAUUUUAUUACCCAUACUAAAAUCCUGAAUUUAUCAUCAGCUUGUAAGAACUUUAAAACUAAAUUAGAUACAACAAUGUUAAGGUACAUCGGAUCUAAAAAUUUAAUAAGAAGAGUCCCUAUACCAUAAGCUUUGUCAUUAGUGAGAAAAUAAAGUAAAAAGCCAUUAUGCACUGA